AUGGCGCUCUCCAAGCUCAAUGUGCUGCACUGGCACCUGGUCGAUACCCAGAGCUGGGCUGUUCAACUCAACACAUAUCCCGAGAUGACGAAAGAUGCCUACUCGGCCAAAGAGCAGUACAGCCAGGCCGAUAUUCAGGGUGUCGUUGCAUAUGCGCGAGCUCGCGCCGUCCGCGUCAUCCCCGAAAUCGAUUCGCCAGGUCAUGCAGCUAGCGGCUGGCAACAAGUAGAUCCCAGCAUCAUUGCCUGCGCAAACAGCUGGUGGUCCAACGACGAGUGGACAUACCACACUGCGCUACAGCCGAAUCCUGGCCAAUUGGAUAUCUUAAACCCCAAGACAUACGAUGUGGUCGCGGGCGUGUUCAAAGAGGUGGCGCCAUUGUUCCCGGACAAUGUCUACCACGUUGGUGGCGACGAGAUCCAGACUGGCUGCUACAACUUCAGCUCGGGCAUCGUAGAGUGGCUCGAGGACGACACCAACCGAACGUGGAGUGAUCUGGUGCAGUAUUGGGUGGACCACGCUUUCCCUAUCUUCCGUGACUCGCCUACCCGAAAGCUCAUGAUGUGGGAGGACAUGAUCAUAGCGCCGGAACACGCCGCGAAUCUCGGACCUGAGAAUAUCAUCCUGCAAUCCUGGAACGGUGGCCUCACAAACAUCAAGAACCUGACUUCUCGCGGCUAUGACGUCGUCGUCUCCUCGAACGAGUUCUUCUACCUUGACUGCGGUAACGGCGGCUAUAUCGGCAACGACCCACGGUACAACGAGCUCUCCAACCCAAACGCAUCCAUUCCCACCUUCAACUACGGCGGCUUGGGUGGAUCAUGGUGUUCGCCCUACAAGACCUUCCAACGCAUCUACGACUACGACUUCACCUUCAACCUGACUGACGAGGAGGCGUCGCAUGUUAUCGGCGGCGAAACACCCCUGUGGGGAGAACAAAUCGACGACACAAUCGUCAGCCAGAAGGUCUGGCCGAGAGCUGCAGCGCUGGCCGAGCUCUUAUGGUCAGGCAAUCGAGAUCCGGUGACGGGUGACAAGAGGACGACGCAGUUGACGCAAAGGCUGAAUAAUUUCAGAGAGUAUCUGGUGGCGAGUGGAGUGCAGUCUGCGAUUUUGCAGCCGAAGUAUUGCUAUCAGCAUCCGCAUGCAUGUGAUUUCUACUACAACCAAACGGCGCUGAAUGAUUAUGCUAACAAUAAUCCUGCGGCAUGA